GACAUAAGCCUUAACAUGAUUCGAGGACUUCUUGUUGUGGGGUACCUACUGGGCGGCGAAGUGUUCUGUGCAGAACCAGCGUGUAUAAAUUAUACACCAAACCGGUUUGAAUACGAGAAUAGUGUUCUUGCGAAACUGAUUUAUCUGGAUAAUUUCAAAACCGAUGCUACUGCAAGGAUUUCUGCUUUAGAAAGACAAUCCCAAGGUGCAUCUACGCCCUCUCCACUGACACAAGGCAGUGCGUCAACGUACGUUCACUGGGGUAUGAAAACGUGUCCGAACGUGACAACUACGACAAUGGUAUAUAGCGGACAAGCAGCCGGUGGUCAUUAUCAACACACGGGCUCUGGUGAAUACAUUUGCCUCCCAAACGACCCUGAGUAUGACAACUACAAUCAAAUCAAUGAUAAUGCUAGAUCACUGAUGUAUGGGGCUGAGUACGAAACAGGCCAAAAUCCUCCAGCUUUAGGCAAUCUCUACGAGAAUGACGUACCGUGUUCUGUUUGCCUUGCUCGCGGAAAGACAACCUUGAUGACACCUGGCCGUACAUCGUGCUUCAACGGAUGGACCAAGGAGUACCAGGGAUACCUGAUGGGGGAGUACCAUGGGUAUCAAGGCAAAGGAUAUGUAUGCAUGGACAAAAACGCCGAGGCGCUGCAUUCCAGCUAUGCCGAUCUGAAUGGCGCUCUGUUCUACAAUGUGGAAGGUCGGUGUGGUACAUUGAAAUGUCCUCCGUAUAUCGAGGGAGCAGAACUAGCCUGUGUCGUUUGUUCAAAAUCAACAUAACUGUUAGUAUGAUAAAUGCAAUACAACCAUAUAUUUAUUGAUCUUUAUUUUCGAACUUGCUUUGAAUAUAUAUUUUUCUAAUUUUACCUAAUCCAAAAUACUGUUGUUGACAUUUUAAUAAGUACAUAUGAAGCCUAAAUUCCGUACGUUUAGUUUCGCAUCAAUUUAAUUAAAUAGACAGAGAAAAUAGCUCGGCUUAAAUUGCAUUUGUUCGCUUUCGUUUUGUUUUCCAUUUCAAUCUAUAUCGUAUUUUUUCUUUAAAAGUAUGUAUUGAUUGUUCAAUAUAUAAUUACUUGGAGUUCAAAUAGUAAUGUCUGUUAAUAUUUAAGUAAUGCUUGCUUUGCUGACAUUAACUUUGCACUACUUAUACAAUUUUUAAUCAAAUACAAAUAUAAAAGGCGUAUGCUUUAUGCUUUUACAAUUAAGUAUUCGUGUAAUUUAAAUAUCUUAGAUCAACAUCGACUGCGGUAAUGGGGAUUAAAAAAUGGAUCGUUUGCAAAGCUCCUCAUAAAAAAGGAAUAUUUUGUUGUAAGCAAGCGUGAUACCGGAAUGCAUCACGGCUCUUAAUGUUGCUGUUUUCAUGUGCUUUUCUGCAUUUGGGUUUAAUAUGCUGCAUUGAUUUCUAGG